CCUCGUAAAAAAUUUUGAAAAGGGCUUAUUCGCGAAAAUAAAUCCACGCGAAAAUUUUAAGUGCAAAAUUUUUUUCUUUAUCUUCUUUUUCUUUUUUCAUAGAAUUCUGUAAAUCAUGUAGAAGUUUUAUCUUUUUGUUUUUGCCUCAUGCUUGCAGUAUACAUAAAUUAAUAUUUACAGUCUCUGAAAGAAAGAUCGAAUGUUUUCGCAUUCUGCGGGGGUUUUGAGCAGGAUCCGUUUUCCUUUUUUUUUCGGCUGUACAUCAAACUGAACGUUGGCAUUAACAUUCUUUUUAACAAAACUACCUGUUAUGACUUAAUCUUUCGGUUCACAAUAGAGUUCUUGUACCAUUUCUUUAUAGCGUUGCAACGGCAAAUGGCCUUUAAUACUGGAAUGGUGACCGUCACUUCAGACAUUUAUUUAUUUAUUUUCGCGAGGAGAAAUUUUUGCGAAUUUUGCCCAAAUUCGCGAAAUUAAAUCCUCGCGAAAUAUUUUCAAAUGGGGAAUUUGCAAAAAUAAAUCCUCGCGAAAUUUUUGAAAAGCCUUGAUUCGCAAAAAUCAAUCCUCGCGGAUUUUCCUUAAAAAUCAUUUUUUUUUUUUGUUUUUCACCAUUUUUUCCAAAGUAUAAUAUCAAAAUAGUUAAAAAAAAAACACAUUUACCACAUAUUUUCAUAAAUAAUGCUUCUUUAAAGAUUUCAUUGCUAUUAAAAUUUAGUUUCAAGUUGAACAAAUAACUUGUAACUUGGUUUGAACUCAAAAAACAAAAUCAAGCACUGAAAACAUCAACAGUCAAGAUCCAUCGUCCUCGCCGUGUACACGUAAAGAACGAGGACUCGAUCAAAUUGUUUUUUCUGGGCUGAAAUUUUGUAAAAUCAAGACAAUUAAUUAUUUACAGUAACAAAUAUACUGUUCCAGGGUUUUGUUAAGCAGUCAAAAUAAGCGCCAGCGGCUUUGAUAGGCAAGAAGCCCCUGCGACGAGGAUGAGUUUCAUUCAUUCCAGGCGCAUUUGACAUUUAUUUGAUACCAUAUUUUGCCUGUUAGGUGAAAGUAAAUCCUCGCGAAAGUUUCGAAAACCAUUGAUUCGCGAAAAUAAAUCCUCGCGAAAUGCAAUUUUUUUUAGCUCGCGAAAAUACAUCCUCGCGAAAAUUUGUACACUUAAGAUACUACAGCGAAUGCAUGGUCUUUACAGAAGCCAUUUAUUACUUCUGACGGUAACCCCACAGUCAAUAAAAAUUAUUUUCUAAAUGUUUGUGAUUCGCGAAAAUAAACCCUCGCGAAAGAUAGAGAAUGGUCAAUUCGCGAAAAUAUGGCCAUGCGAAAUACUUGGAAACGACCGAUUUGCGAAAAUUAAUCCUCACGAAAUGUACUUUUUUGACCUCGCGAAAAUUACUCCUCGCGAAAUUUUAUCCACUUCAGGUAGUUUACCUAUUUGUUACUGUUUGGCCAGAAUUUGCAACUCUCUGCACAAAAUGCCUAAAUUGUGAAACUCACAAGCGUAGCAAAUACAAAGGUAUAUUUAUGUUAAUUUCAUCAGGCCACACCAAUACAUCACAUAAAUUAAUUACCUUUCUCUUUACCCGGGUUAUUGCACUUUAGAUUCUCAGGAAAUAGGACAUGGAAAGCACAAACAUGACUAAUAGCUGUGACAUUUCGAAUUUUUUUAUUAUUUCUAAAUAAGUAUAUAAAUAUGCUUUUUUCAUAUUAUCUCCAACAUCAAAUAAUUUUAGCACCCAACAUUAUUCAACAAUCUAGCGUUAAUUCAACUUGUGUUUAAAUUGUAUUCUCGUUUAAUUUUUACAAUUUUUUUUCUUUAUAAGGUCCCCCAUUAUCAAAGCAACAACCAUCAGUAUUCCUUAAAUUAUUGAGGGAGGAAGUUUAAAUAAAACAGAAAACGAACAAAAGAAAACAAAAACUCCAAGAAACAAUUAAAAUACAGUGGCCAAGAUUAGACGCAUGUUCCAAACAUCUAAAAGCUAAGACACUCAAAUGCUAACAUUUAAUUUCUAAACUAAUGGAAUAUUAAACUACUUGGUUCAUUGAACUUUUAAGAAGUUGAUAUUGAUUUGAAUUAUGAAACGUUCUACAUCAAGGCGGUUUAAGUGCUUACUAUAUUUAGAAUACCACAUGUGAAAGCCUUUCCUAGCUUUUGUUGGGUCCGGGUCUUAGGUCCUCCUGUGGGGUCUUAGGUCCUUAUUUAGGGUGUUAAGGUCACAGAUUUCCGACUACCUUGUUGAUCACGAUUUUCUAGCCAGUUAAAAUUGUAAACAAAAGUUUAUAUAUUGUGUUAUGUGACCUUAUAAGAAAAUUUUAAAAACUAUAAUCUACAUUGCUUGCCAUAGACAGACGAAAUUGGCGAAUUAGUAUAUAAGACCAGUUAUGUAACGUAUAAAAAUCCACUUGUAGUCAGUAAUAAAAAUCGAUUUUUAUAUUCUUAGCAUGUCAAAAAUGCUGCAAAUAUUUUACGAUGUAUUCGACUACUCUUUUUCAUUAUUGUGUUUUUCUGCGAACAGCCAAUGUUAAUGAAAUUUGGAACCUCUUGUUUUGAUUUCAGUUAUAAUGAUUUCAGUAGAGCCUUGCACUGACGAGUUUCCAAAGGUGAAAGACCAACAAGUUGUAACAGAUGGAGUUAACUGUAUGACAGUUGGUAAUUAUUUGUCUCCCACCUAUUUAGAACGAAUACGUAAUAUGGAAUUGAAGGAAACAGACAUCCUAUUGGCCACAUUUCCUAGAUCAGGGACAACAAUAACACGGAUAUUGUUAUUGACAAUGAUGUAUGGACCUGAUCAAGUGCUUAAGAGUGAUAAUAGAAAAAUGAACGAAAUGUCUCCUUUUAUAGAACUGAACGAAGAUGAGACAGGAUACUAUGGCUACGAUAUUGCAAUGGCUUUUCAGGAUGUUCCUCAACGCCUAUUAAAAACGCAUUUACCAAUUUGGCUGGCACCUAAGGCAGUCAAGGCAAAAAAGAUUAUUGUUGCACGAGACGUAAAAGAUACCUUGAUAUCUUACUAUCACUUUUAUAAGAAUGAUAGCUCUAAUCCAAAGGAAAUAUACAACACACUUGAGUUUGAAACAUUUUACAAAAUGUUUGUAUCGGGUUCUAUCCUUUGGGGAGAUUGGUAUCAAUGGUAUAGAGGUUGGUUAGAUGCUUCUGAUGAGAAUACUCUUUUGUUACAUUACGAGGAUUUAAUUAGAAAUUUUGAGGUGACAGUUACAAAACUCGCAAAAUUUGUUGAUGUAGAAAUGACGUCUGAAUUGAUGUCUACAUUAAAAGAAGCAGCUGAUUUUAAACGCAUGAAAAAAUAUUUGAUUAGUUUACAUGUUAAGGGUUUUGUUCGUAAAGGAGUCAUUGGUGACCAUCAGAAUUACUUGGACAACGAAAAAAUCAAGUUUUUGAAUGAAAGAUGCCAAGAAAUUGUUCCUGAACUUUUAAAAUGAUUCAGUAAGAAAAACUGAAACGUGUGAUUUGUAAUAACUUUAGCCGGGAGGUUGCUAAUUAUUUAAACUAAAUUUUUUAUACAUAAUUUAUUUUAAGGCCUGUCAAAUUAAUAUUGCUCCAUAACAAAA